GGGAGAGGGAGAGAAGGAGCAAAGGUCAAGAGGGAGAAGGAGGAGGGAGAGAGGGAAGGUGGUAAGGAGGAGAGGAGCCGGUGUGGGCGGUGGUCUAUGCAGGGCCGCUCCGGGCCGGGCCCUCGCCCCCACUCCGGCCAUGGGCGUCCGGCUGAAGAGUUUCGGCAUCGUGCUGGACGGCCGGGAUCUGAGCAGCUACUCGAGCGGGGAGUUGGUGUCGGGGCAGCUGCUGCUGGAGACCGGCGUCCGGCUGCCCGUCAUCCAGCUACGGCUGGAGGCCAAGGGCUGUGCCCGCGUCCACUGGGGGGGCGACGGCCCGGCAACGGAGGCGACGCGGCACCGCGAUGAGGUGGUGUACCUGCAGCAGAGGCAGGUGGUGCGGCGGGCCGCAGAUGAUGAAGGAUACUUCACAUUACAACCUGGAAAACACAAGUUUCCAUUCAGUUUUCAUCUUCCACCAGGGCCAUUGGUCACAUCCUUCAGUGGAAAAUAUGGCAGUGUCAAGUAUUGGGUGACAGCAAUACUGGAGCGACCUUGUGGCACAAGUCAAGUUGUGACGAGGGAAUUCUCUGUAACAAGUCAAAUUGAUGUUAAUGCACCAUAUUUCUUGGCAUCAGUGUCAAAGAGUAUAGAGAAGACGAUUGGGUGUUGGCUUUUUACCUCUGGACCAAUAUCAUUAAGUGCCAAAAUUGAGAGAAGUGGAUUUUGUAAUGGUGAAGCAAUCCCAAUCUAUGCGGAGUUUGAGAAUUGCUCAUCACGGCUCAUUAUGCCAAAAGCUGCUAUUUUUCAAACCCAGACUUAUCUCGAAAAUGAAAAAACGAAGACGUUUCGACAAAUUAUUGCAAAUGUCCGUGGAAACCAUGUUGCCUCUGGUAGUACAGAAUCGUGGAAUGGGAAGAGUCUCAAAAUCCCACCCGUAAACCCAUCUAUCUUAGACUGCAGCAUCAUCCGAGUGGAAUACUCUUUAGCUGUUUAUGUACACAUUCCAGGUUCUAAAAAGCUAAUGCUGGAGCUUCCUAUAGUUAUUGGUACAAUUCCAUACAAUGGCUUUGGAAGCAGAACAUCCAGCAUUUCUGGUCAUUUUGGGCUGGAUAUGAGUUGGCUUCAACUUGCCCUACCAGAACAACCUGAAGCUCCACCCAACUAUGCUGAUGUCGUGUCUGAGGAAGACCUUGCCAGACAAUUUCCUUCUCUUCCACAAGCUGAUGAUUUGGAGCAUGAAUUUGGCAGCCCCAUAUUUGCUUACAUUCAGGAAUUCAGAUUUCAGCCACCACCAGUUUAUUCAGAGGUUGACCCCAACCCUGCCUUUUCUGAAGAGGUGCAACAUGAAGUGUCGUUUGAAAUUUGAGCAGGAUUAUCUGUAACUUGAGGUCAUCUGUGAUUCGAAUAGUUCAGGAUGGAAGUAUAGAGCAUCUCAGAGUAUUGUUUGAACUGGAGACAACUGAGAAGAUGGUGAAAAAUCAUUGGCCUGCACUGGGCAGAGGGACGAGGAUGGACUGCUGCUGAUCCUGAACCAAGGGGUGAGAAAAAGGGAAAAUGUAAUCAGUCCAGACACUACGGAACGAUUGAAACCUUGUUCUCAAGUGCUGUAAGCAACCAAAUGCAUUGACUUCAGACUUACUGCUACGGUAACAACUAAUGGUGGGGCGAUGAUACAAGCAUCCAUCAGUAGAAAGGAGAAAAGAAGCCUGAACUAUUGGGGACUGUUGAUCCUAGUUGGAAAAACCAACACUUAAAGUUUACGUUUGCAUUUCUAUGCCCUCUUAAAACACUAUAGUGUUUCCUUUUGAACGGAUAUUUUCCAGUUAUUGAAAUUACUGCCAAUGUUGCUUUAAGUGCUGAGCAAAUUAAUAGCUUCAGAAACUGGUUGCCAUAAUCUGCACUUGUAGCUACCAAAAAAAUAGAUUUGACAUUGUUUAUGAAUCUGUAUGCGGUCGAUGUAUUGUAGUGCAUAAUCAUUUGGUGCCUCUACAAAUGCAGGCCAGCUGAAUAGAGGGAAUCGUUUUGCCAGCCUGAAUACUAUCUGGAAACGUGGAGCAGAUAGGGGUGGCCUGGCGGUGCUAACUAUGGUAUUAGAAGAGGUACUCGGGACAAUUGCAUAUGCUGAUAAAUUGUUCACUACUAUUAAUGUCUGACAACUGGCUUUCAUGCCAUAUAUCUUGUGAAGGUAUUUGGCAGAAUGUUUUUUUGACUGAUGUUUACCAGUACUUAAAUAGGGAGUGGUUGGAUUCCAAGACUAUGCUAAAUUUGCAUGUAAAGUGUGUCCUGGUAACUUUUUUAUGCAAGUUGAAAUUUUGUGCAGAGAAAUGUGACCAUAUCUCUCAGCGCACUUGACUUUGUAGUAAAGCAGCAAUUCUGGGUUGUUGAAAUUUUGCAUGUACGUGAAAGACUUUAUAUGUUUUGUUCACUUCCCGAACAAGUAAAGCACUUACUCGAGUGGCGACCUUGCAUUUAAUGCAUCUAUGGAAUACAGUGUUUCAAGUGGAAGCUUGAUCAAACAGGAAUUAUUGCGGCUGCCUUUUUCUCCAGCAUUCUGGUGAUUUCUGCAAUUUAGAAUUCCCAUUUUGAUUUCUGAUUUGGAAAAUUUAUGGUGCAAUAUUGUGUUUCUCAGGGCUUUGACUAGUGCACUGCUGAUUUUUGUUUUUGUUCUGACUUGUGUUUAUUGGGAGGGAACUUUUGUUCUAAUUGCUGAAGAAUCUUCAGGCUUAUUCCCGAUUUGUUCAGGGUUAUCUCUUGAUAGCACUGAAAACCGGAAAAUUGUGUUUUAAUCACAAACCACAUUGGCAAAUCAAAAAGUGAGAACUCUUUGCACAGAUGUCUUUAAUCAUAUUUUAUUGCCAAAAUAAAUUUCCUCAAGUUUUCAAUGUGAAUUAUACUUUCCAUUUUUUAACAAUGGACAAAAUAUUUUUUGAACCUUGUUAGGAAAUUCUGGAGCCUGAGGUCAUGAUUAAAAUCUUUGUAGCUUCACAAAUAUGACAUAAAAUGUCUUAAGUCUGAUAUAAAAUGAUGCACUUGGCUUUUGGAAAAUGAAAAACUUUGGUCACAGAAGUGGUGACACAGCAAUGUUAAUAGUGUUGUGCAUAACCUUUAUAGCUUUUUUCAUACUUGUUCAUUAACUGUGGUGAUGCGUUCAGCAAUUGUCCCUAAAGUUACCUUGUUUAUGUUAAGCCUUGGGUAAUUGUAAAGGCUGAGGAGCAUUUCAAAUGGAGUGAAAACAUGAGCACAAAUCUGUUACUUUGAAUGUGAAUUAUACAAUAAGCUAAAUGUGCUUUAUUCUUUGCCGUUAAAACUGUGACUUUCUCCAAUUUUGUUUUGCACCUUGAUGCAAAGGACAGUGUAUUUUCUACUAUUUAAAUCCAAUGCAAUGUUUUAAUAAACUUUUUUGAACAUAA